AUGAGGCGGUCCAGAUUCACCGGCCGAUCCAAACCCAACAAUACAGAAUUCGGCUGGUACUUCGCUGGCGAGCCAAUGGAUAAGAGACACUCUCGAAGUGGCCGAAUCAGGCUAGUUCGCUACGGACCUGAAAUGGAAACUUGUGCCCACAGUCGAUGCCCAUCGCCAUCUCCCAUUCCAGAAAAGGCACCUUGCUCCUGCAGCAACACAUGCGAGGUUCACUCCCCCGGGACACGCUCCCCAUCCCCGAGCAACACUGACUCCUCUGGUUAUGAGUCAGUCCAAAAAUGCUGCGGAGGAUGCCACGCUAUCAGACGUGAGCCCGGGUCCCCUCCGCAGGUGGUGAAAGUAACCUGCUCCUGCAACAAUCAGUGUGAAUGUCACUCGCACGAAACACGCCCGAUCACGCCAAGCAGCAGUGAAUAUUCUAGCUCUGAAUCAACCACAAAACGCCAUGGUAGCCGUGACUCAACAAGACGCGAGCGUCGUUCCAACGACACACGUCCCACCACGCCGAACAGCAGUGAUCUUUCAGGCUACGAACGGCCCAGAAGACGCCGCAGCGGCCACCGCAUCUCAAAACGCGAACCAGAGCACCAUCUACAGGCGGAGGAAUGCCAAUGCGAGGCUCACGCUCCCCCUCACAGCACCCCUGCCAUGCCAGGCCAGAAAUACAACUCCCCACGUGCAUCGUUUGCGACAGCACCGCGCUCCGGCCCAGUAGUCCAACGCCACCACUGUCGCAAGGCGUCUUAUUGCGAAAGACACCCGGAGGUCUGCCGAGCUUCGAUUCCUGCGCCUUCACCGGUGCCGAAGACGACGUCAACCCCGACGCGCUCUCCCCGGUCGAGUGAAAACUUCCGUCACAGCUCCCGGGUCAAAUCGGUCCCGAAAUGCACUUGCAGGCGGUCUGCUUCGCCUCCCAAGCAGGUGCCUCCCCCAAAGCCAGUGUCUUCCUCCAGACCUACAUCUCCCAGGCCUGAUUUCCAGCAUUGUACUUGUUUCCACAUGGAUGGGUAUUAUGCUGAUGACUCUGGCUAUUAUACUCCUUAUGAUGAUGACACUGCUUCCGGGACCUCUAUUCAGGCCAUGCCUGACCAUGAUCGGGAUAUGGAUGAGACACGUUGUGCUUUUCAUCACCGCUGUCAUCCGAGGUUUGAGUGUGGGCUUGGCUGGGUGUGCGGAAGAGAGUGA